AUGUCCACUACAAACCCCUCCGCCUCCCCAUCCCGCUCGCCCUCACAUGCACAACAAGACGACAACCAACAACACGAACAACAGCAACAGCGCCUAAAAGUCCACACCCACCACUGCCGCUUCUGCAACCACCUCCUCCUAGCCACAACGCGCACAAUAUCGACUCUCCCCCACCGAAAAGCCCCAGCGCAGGAUAACGCCCUGAUUCUCCCUCUUCCGCGCGUUGACGACGAUGAAGAUGACGACGAGCUAGACGCAGACGCAGACGCAACCGAACCUGAACCCAACCAGGCCGAAAAAACAGAAGACCAAGGCGAAGGACAGGGGGGCAGGAAAAGGAGCAAGCAGAAACUGAAACAGAAGCACUACACCAUCCUCCUAUCUACAACUCUACCCGAUCGCAAGGCGACGCUGAUCCGUCGGGAAGACGGGUUCGAGAAGAGGCGGUUCCUGCGGUGUGGGCGGUGUCGGGUUGUCGUGGGGUAUUUCCUGGAUGAGGUACAUUUUCCUGUUGCACAUGGGAAGAGCGAGGAUGUAGUUGAAGGGGAAGGGGCGGAUCAGGAGCCGCGGGUUGUAUAUUUACUUCCCGGGGCGUUGAUGGAGACGGAGAUUAUGGGCGAUGAGGAGAAGAUGCGGGCGAUGGAUCGGGAGUGGAGCGAGUGGAUUUCUCAAUAG